UCCAGCCUCCCAGCCCAAGCCCUACCCGGAUAAUACCUGUAAAACACUCACUAGGACACAGCAUACGCACAGCAAGAAAGCAGCAAGAACAGAUCUACUUCAUAAAUAACCAGCAAGAAAGCAGCAAGAACAGAUCUACUUCAUAAAUAAGGUGUAACCAUGGCUAACAUUAAAACAUUAAAUGAAAUUGGACACCUCAACUCGUCUGGCUUUGGUAGGCCUUGGCCCAGGCAUGGGCUUUACCUGCUCCACUGGUUCUCCCAUAACUACGUCAUAUUCGACAACAAUGGUGACCUGCUGGCGCUGUACAACCCCAAAAGGAAGGAGUUCGGCUUCCAUCACUUCGAUAACCGUCUCGAGUGUGACGGUAACUGUUAUCAACUGCUCCCCAACCAGAACUUUCCGUACUAUGAGGUGGGCAACCUGAAUACCCCAGGGGCAGGUGACCUGCCACCGUACGUUAGGCAGAACUACAAAGGACACCAUGAUGACAGCAAUAUGGACCGUAUCAUCAUCAGUCUUCACCCCAGAUUGGUGUUGGAAAAAGUCUAUGUGACCCAACACAAGGAUGUGAGUACCUUUAAUCGCCAGAACACCUAUCGGAUCAGUAGGGGUUUGGUCAGGCUCAUCCGUAAUCUGGAACUGGAGGAGCUGCUAAAGCAAGCUGGGUACCCCAUAACCAUUAUGUUAGUCAAAUCAGUCAAGCGGCAAGAGACUCCAGCUCGAAGCCACACCACCGUUUGUCAACCAGCUGUCAGCCAACCUGACUGGGUCAACAUCAAGAGGCCCUCUGCUGUGAGUCCCAGGCCAACACCAUCAAGGGAGUCUGUGAUUGACAUGCCACAUGACUUAAUGCUUCGUGAGAGCAAAAUAAAUCAUGUGUCUCGGCGGGAGAGGCGAUGCUGUGUCAUUCUGUAGACUGGGCCAAAGAGAGUCAAAAGGGUUUAUCUUACAGGACGAAUGGGGGAAAAAACGUGGACAAAAUGUAUUACAGUGCUCCUGUAAGUAGGUCUACAGUGCAACACUAUUAUAAUUACUCAGUCACUUUUAACCCUAAGUCACUUUUUAAACAAUUAUUUAGAAUAAAGUCAUUUUUUAAUUAAAAAUAAUUUAUUUCAACAUACAAUGACUUCUUAAUAUGUGUAGAUUUCUUAUAGAUUAUAAUCAACCUCUAUACUUCUAGAGAAAACUACAAUACAGCCCAAUGGCAGCCCAGUUACCUGGUUUGGAACAGAAUACAGAACCUGUUCCUGGUUUGGAACAGAAUACAGAACCUGUUCCAGGUUUGGAACAGAAUACAGAACCUGUUCCAGGUUUGGAACAGAAUACAGAACCUGUUCCAGGUUUGGAACAGAAUACAGAACCUGGUCCAGGUUUGGAACAGAAUACAGAACUGCAGAUUGCCCUUUAAUAAUCGUAAUUCUCUUUCACUAAUGCAACUGUACAUAAUUGAUUUUCUGUAAAAACCAAGGCCAAUAGUUUAUCAUUUCCCACAGUGUUGUAACAGCUCUGUUCUAAUUGGUUAAACAGCUUCUUGUUUAGAUUCAACUGACUACGGGCUCUUCAAUUCGUAUUGUGGAUGUUCAGCGUUACAGCGUGAUAGAAAUAUUCCGGCAAAUUUCAGUGGCGACUGCGCAGUCACGGUAAACGCUGCAUAUGUCGUCUCAAUGGGAAAUUACCUUUACAUUUCUGUCUCGCAAUCUGUAACGCUUCAGCGACACAGUUUGAAUAGAGCCCUACAGUAAAUUGUUUCCGAUAAAAAGCGGGAAAAAGUACGACCAUCUUUAACCACAAACCGAUACCACACCUUAUAGUUAAAACGUUUGUGAAAUUAGAAAGAGAUGAGUAAAGUGGUUUUACAAGCGGGUAACUGGUAUAAACUGGUAUAAACUGUCAAAGUAGACUCAUUAUGAAGCGUUCAUUCAGAAUGUGAAUUUGUUAUAAAUCAUAAACUGUUGAUAAAAGGGAAUAAGUCAACAUUUGUGGAUUAGCGAUCAAAGAAAGCAUACAUUAAAUCAACCCAUCUAUUUCCCACUCUUUAUUCUCUAUUUGCUUUAAGAUUGCACUGAGAUUGACCAAUCAGAAUAUACUGUAGUUCAUUGAUUAUGCUUGUGUUAUAGUUCCCAGGUGUGGGACGCUAUUGGCAGAUAUGUACCCCUAGAACAGGAUUAAUGAAGAGAAAGAGAGAAUUAGCUUCUUUAACUUGGUUUCUGUUCCAAUGUAUUUAUUAAAGUUUCUCAUAUUCAAAAUGUAUGUUUUAUUCAAAAUCAUCUCAUUACAAUGUACAUUGUAGAAAAUGACCCGUUCACAUUCAUUUAAAUAGAUUCACACAUUUAUUCUCAUAUCAAUUGAAAUCCCUUUUUCUCAAGCAGUAGUUUAUAACUACUGUGUAUCUUUGUGUGUGUCACACCAGCUGUGAUUUAGGUCAAAGUUCACUGAUUACAGUCAAAGAUGGUCUAUUUAUAGACGGUUUACACUAUACACUCUGUUAGUGUCAUAAAGGUGGUCAGUCUCGAUUUCUCAAAUCACAUUGUUUCAUAAUAACCUCAUCUCCCACUCAGUUUUUAUUGAAUAUAUAGUUUAAUGUCACCACAAACGGGACUAGAAACGUGUACAGUAACAGCCAACUGGCCAUUUCAUC